AUGCCCGCGCAGGAGCUGCCAAUGGUGGUGGUGGUGGUGGCGGCGGCACUGGUUGUUCUUGUCGCUGCCGGCGGGGCAGAGCUGAACAAAAGGAAUGGCCUGAGAAAGCCGGUGUGUGGAGAGAUGGUGGAGCUGCAAGCCUGCCCCCUCCUGCACUUGCCUGUCUGUGGGACUGAUGGGAACACCUAUGCCAAUGAAUGCCUGCUCUGUGUGCAGCAAAUGAAAACCAGGCAAGACAUCCAGAUUUUGAAAGACGGGGACUGUUGAGACCUCUGACCUUUCCUGAGCCUAGGAACAGGUGAUUAAUUGAUCCUGUGUGCUGUGUACUGAAUGCACAUUUAAAUUAGCGAUGGUGAAUAAUAAAAUGACAGGCACAGUCUUAUUUCAACAGAACUUUUUUCAUGCAAGGCUGAGGGAAAACAGCACAAGCCAGUUCCUACAAAGGGCUACUAAAAGCAUACAGUUAAAACAUUAAUUUCAAAUUCACUGUGAUGUGAUGCUCUGCAUUGCGAGCAUUAUUUCAUGCACGUUUGUGUGACAAAGACCAUGUGGGAGUAGCAAGAAACACACAGAUUCCAGUGAAGAAGGCGCUGAACGAGUGCAGAUAUUUUUUUCUGUAAGAUGGCAAUUUACCAAAAGGAAAGUAAAGUUUCUCCAGUGUGGGAGAAAACAACUUCCUGGCUCCCUAGUAAACACCACCGCUUCCAGAGCUGAUGUAAGUUGAAAAUAGUAACGUCUGCACUUCUCAGAGUAGAUUUUAUCCAGCUUCUUAUCCAAGAGCCUUUCACAGCAGGAAUCUGGAAAAAGCCCAAAGGGAGACCCUGCAUGCAAGAGACCCCUGAUCUCUGUUCCAGUGCUUGAAAGCAACCUCCAAACUUAACUAGUUACCCAGAAAUGCUCUCUGGGAACUGCAGGUUCCGGUCUGGUUGCCAAAUUUCAGGUCUAGGUUGCUCCUGGUGUCACGGCCGU